AUGGAGGGUUCAGAUGAAGGAGCAGAGGAGAGAGCAGAGGAGGGAGCAGAGGUGAAAGCAGAGGAGGGAGUGGAGGGAGAAGAGGAGGAAGAAGAGGAGGGAGCAAGGGAGGGAGGAGAGGAGGGAGCAGAGGUGGGAGGAGAGGAGGGAACAGAGGUGGGAGGAGAGGAAGGAGAAGAGGAGGGAGGAGAGGAGGGAGCAGCAGAGCAGGGAGCAGAGGAGGGAACAGAGGAGGGGGCAGAGGAGAGAGCAGAGGUGGGAGCAGAGGUGGGAGCAGAGGAGGGAGCAAAAGUGAAAGGAGAGGGGGAAGCAGAUAAGGGAGCAGAUGAGGGAGAAGAGGAGAGAGAAGAGGAGGGAGCUGAGGAGGGAGCAGAGGUGGGAGCAAAGGUGGGAGUAGAGGUGGGAGCAGAGGAGGGAGAAGAGGACGGAGCAGAAUGGGGAGGAGAGAAGGGAGCAGAGGAGGGAGAAGAGGAGGGAGACGAGGAGGAAGAAGACGAGGCGGAAGAGAAGGGAGCAGAAGAGGGAGAAGAGGAGGGGGAAGAGGAGGGAGCAGAGGAGGGAGCAGAGGAGGAAGAGGGAGGAAGAUGGGCUAAGCAAGAGACGCAGAGAGGCGUGCAGGAGGGAUGGAAGAGGAAGCGGCAUGCUGAAGAGGAAGAUGCAACGAACAAGGUUUCUUUGGAGUCAAGUCGACGCGUUCAAGAGCCGUGGACGAGCCACGAGCAUGCGGCAGCAAGUGAGGCUUGUGGAAGGGGGAUGGUUAGAAUGGGAGGGGCGAUGAGAAAGAGAAUGUGUGUUGAAGGAGAUUGUGGUGAGGGGAAGGGAGGUGGCUGCAGGGAAAACCACUUGGAGAAUCACCUGAGGAAGAAGAGAUACUUGGGCACAAAGGUGCACCAUUUUGUAGGGAGGAGAGGGUGCCAGUGCAAGCUGAGAAAACACCUGAAGGCAACAGAGAAGGAGCACCCGAGGCAGGAGGAGAAGCUCCUGAAGGAGGAAGAAACCCACCUGAGACAGGUGGAAGAACACCUGAAGCGACAGAAAGAGCACCUGAGGCAGCAGGAGGAGCACCUGAAGCGUAAGAGGCAGCACCUGGAGCUUCAGGAGAGGGAUGGGGAGGGGGUGGCAUUGGCAGAAUUAGGAGGGAGAGGAGGGGUAGACGGGUGGAGAGGAAGGAGGGUGGUGAAAGAUGAGUUUGAAGAGUGGUUGGGGUGA